AGGGCUACAUGGCUAUGGCGGGCGCCCUAACAAGGCGAUGAUGGAGGACGCGGUGGACGCGUGCUCCCACGGGUAUUUGCAGCUUGUCCUUGUCGGGACGGGCUGCUUGAUCGCUGGCUACUAUCUGUGCCGACGCUGGCCGGCUCUCUUGCCUCCCAGGAUGAAGAAGCAGGCGGGGAAGAGAUCCACGGUUCACCAGUACGAUGGCAAGAAGGAUCUACAUCCAGUCGAGGUUCUGGCGGACAAGCACGAGGAUUUCAAGAUGGUCUUGGUCGUGAGGAAUGAUUUGAAGAUGGGGAAAGGGAAGAUUGCCGCUCAAUGCAGCCAUUCUAGUCUCGGUUUGUACAAAAAGCUGUUCUUUAGAGCUCCGAAAGCUCUUCAAAGGUGGGAGAUGUGUGGAAGCGUCAAAGUCGUCACCAAGACGGAGAGCGAAGAGGAGCUAUUGUUUCUUCAGAGUAGAGCCAAGAGUCUGAAGUUGCCGACCCACAUAACCAUCGAUGCUGGCAGAACGCAAAUUGCCGCAAACUCGAGAACAGUCCUGACCGUGCUCGGUCCCGACGAACUCGUGGACGAAGUAACCGGCAGCUUAAAGCUCCUCUAACACACGCACACCUCUACGGCCUUGGUAGCUAGCACGCGAAGGUUUUUGUAUAACGCCUGGGUUUUGUUCUUCCUUGUUCCAGGAAGAUGACGACGACGAAAUUCACAUAGCAGAUUUAUUCAA